GCCAGCCGCUCACGUGUGUUCGUCGCUUACACUACACCUCUCAUUAAUCAGUGUAGUCGACUGCCAGGCGCAUUAUGUGGUGUUAGUGUAUGGCUAAAUACACUAGAAAAUGUGAUUUACUGUAUAACAAAGUACACAACUAAAGCUGAAAAUGGCAGGCCAUGGGCGACCUAUUUCACCGGAAGAGGUAAACAGGACAGAGAGAUCAGUACUUCCUAUUUCCCUCACCAGCCGCCUACAAACCAACACAUGGCGCCAAGUGUUUACAUCUCUGCGACCUCUUGUAGCACAGACACGCCAGAGGACACUAAGUACUUAUGCUCGCAGGUUACACCAGCGACAGCAUGAUGUUCAGUUCAGAAGACCUCAGCUGGAAGGUGAGGAACAACAGUCACUCCUGUACCCACAUCCACCAGACCUUCAUGGUGAAACAAAUAGGGGAGCAAGAGGAACUGAUAACAUGAACAAUGUUAUUAUUGACAUAGAGGAUGGCAACAGUUAUGUUAGUCAUUCCCAGAACAUCCCUGACAUUCCAGUUCCUCCACAACUGUUACAUACUGAACCACAUAAUUCUAAUCUUCCUACUGAUAAUAUUCAUGGAUCUGUAAGUGCCUCCAGUACAGUUGAAGGAUCUGGAAGUUCUUUUACCACCUCUUCAACAUCAGAGCCACUGUUACCAAUGUCUGGUACAACUGCUUCAGUAGAUGAAGGAGGAAAUGCAGCUGAAACAGCUCAUAAUGAUGCUACUGGUGCCAGUACUAACAGGAGUGAGGGUGAAUCCCUGACAGAGCUGCUCAGUCAGUUCCCAGAGGUUCGUAGUGGGCUCCUGGUGGCUUGGCAUUACUGCAUAUUUUUCUCCAUAAUACUUGCCAAGGCUCUGUUUGAUCACUUAACUGGACUGAUGGUCGUCUUAACAUUAGUUGUUGGGUUUAUGUGGAGCAACAACAUUGUAAAGAAGGCCGUAGCUCAGCAGGGAAGACGCCCUAUAAAGCCUCUUCUGGCUUUGCUUGUAAAUCUUCCUGCUGGUGUGUUCUUCCUAUACUAUUCUUACAGAAGUGACAAGCUAUUCUACAGUGUCCUGCUGAUUCCUCCUGACCAUGAGGGAUACGGAGUGAUGGACCUGAUGUGGAUCGUCAUUGUGUCUGACUAUGUACUGAAGCUUGUGACAGUACUGGUGAAGGCUGUCAUCACGCUCAUGCCUCACUCACUUAUGCAUUACCAGAAUAGGGGCAAAUACUUCUUAGUGGUGGAGAUGGGUUCACAACUGUACCGGUCCCUAGCACCCAUCCAGCCCUGGCUGUCAUAUCUACUUGAUGGAUAUGCUGGGCCACGGAAAGUACUUGGUAUUUUCCUGUCAGCUACUUAUAUGGUUUGCAAGGGACCUGAUAUUGUAACCAAAAUGAAGUGCUUUCAGGCUGCAAUUGUCAAGUUUAUUAACAGUGUGAAUUAUGGUUGCACCCCAAGCAAAUCUCAACUUGAGGAUGCUGGAGGCCUCUGCCCAAUCUGCCAUGAUGAUUUCCUUCUACCAACCAUGUUAAGGUGUAAGCAUAUAUUUUGUGAACAGUGUGUAGUCACAUGGUUUGACCGAGAGCGAACUUGUCCAAUGUGCAGAACACAGGUGGCUGAUGACCCAGCAUGGAGGGAUGGCAGCACCUCACAUUUUCUGCAGGUUUAUUGAUGUGAAAGUUUCAGAUGUGGCCAUUGAUUGUAAAGUAAGACAUGUUCGACUUUUGGGUGGCUCCAGAGAGCUAUCAGGUAUUAACUAUAAGGAAGUGAUAAUAUCCUAAAAUUGCAGUACCAAUAGGUUAACUAGAAUAUUUAUAUUUAAAAGACACUUUAUUGUAAUUUUUUAUUUUGUUUCUGGCUUAAGGAUUAGGAAAUUUUUCAUAUGUACUUGUAGUUGUCAAUGUUCCUCAAGCUUUAAGGAUAAUAGGAAGACUAAAGCUUUGUGAGGUACAGUAAACAAGGGCAUUUUGGAGUGUGUUUAGCCUACUGACAAACAUUCAUCAGUAGUUAAAGGUCUGAGUAUAGUAGAUAGUGUUGAACAUUACAUCAUAUUUAUUUUUCUAACAAAUUUUGUAAGAGAAAAUUAUAGUUUUAGGGGUGGGCUCCAGGCAUAAUUUUUAAGAAAUGGUGAAUAUUAUGUUUCACGUGUAGAUUACAGUACCUGUACUGCAUAUGCUUUAUUUUCAUAAUGAAUAUCAUUUACUUUAUUUGAACUUUGUAAAUUUACUAUUUUUUAAUUACAAGCCUAAAUCAGCUAAAGGAUCAAAAUAAAAUUUAUGAAGGAUAUACAGUAGUAUACAGGCAUUCCCUGAUUUUUCAAAGGGUUCUGUUACUGGAAAACCUUACAUAAAUUUAUUUUCUUGUGUAUUGGAGCACAUUUUCCCAUAGACUUCCAUUAUAAGAACUGAGAUAUGUUUCUAUAAAAAAGAAGAAAACCUUCCUUAAAAUAAGAAGAUAAGAACAUAAGAAUGGAGGAAACUGCACCGGGCCUAUUGGCCCAUACUGGGCAGUCCCGUUUACACCCAACCCCUAUUGCUCA